CGUGAUACGAAUGAAUACUAUUCGCCGAAAAGUACACUAUAUAUUAUCUAGUAUUAGUCGCAGUUGCUGAUUAAGCGUUGGCGCGUUGCAGACUUGCAGUUAUUACUUUUUAGUGUAGUCACUAGUCGCUUGGUAGGAGCACUACUUGAUUACUGUCUAGUCUUAACUACGUAAUGACGUAGUCAACGUUCUUCAGAGUAUAUUAGAUGAACUGUAAGACUUCAUCGUCCUCAAUCGUUUAUAUAUACAGCUCUCUAGUUUUUGAAGUGCAUUAAAAAUUAAGUAUAUUCCGCGCCAUGAGCUUAAAACUAAUUUUUUUUAUUAAAUAUUCACAUAAUUUAUCUAUCGCUAGUACAUUUUAAAAAAAGUGUAAUUAUGGAACCUGUAAUUAAUUGGAAUCCACGAGAAGUGUCCAUUUGGCUGGAGAAAAAGGGUCAUAGUAAAUAUUCUCGAAUACUUACUGAAGAUCAUUGCAUUGAUGGCCGUGCUCUUUUACUCAUCAAUGAAGCUGACCUAAAAAGUCCACCUAUAAGUAUUAAUGUCUUAGGUGAUAUAAAAAGAUUAAUGUUAGAUAUUCGUCAGUUAAAAGUAGAAAAUCGACAAACCCUUUUACAACUUGGAUUUGAUCCUAUAUCGUUGCUUACAAAACCUGUAUGCAGUGCACAUGUUUAUGGAAAUCAAUUUCGACCAGAUCCAUUCAAUUUUUAUGAUGAUAUACAUAUGAAUCAUGGGUCUGAUGUAACUGCCACGUCUUCCCAUAGUUCAGAAUUUGAAGAAGAUAGACGAUUAAAACCUGAGAUAUGGAAAGCUCUCAUUGCGAUGGGCUACCUGUUUACUGUAACAUGGAUUACAGCGUUCGUCAUGGUGAUCGUCCACGAUCGCGUGCCCGACAUGAAGAAAUAUCCACCGUUGCCGGACAUAUUCCUGGACAACGUGCCAUACAUACCUUGGGCGUUUCAUAUGUGUGAACUUACCGGCACCGUGUUGUGUUUCGUAUGGCUCGCCGUAUUGGUCUUCCACAAGCAUCGUUUCAUAUUGCUGAGGCGGUUUUUUGCUCUUUCGGGCACAGUCUUCCUGUUACGAUGCAUCACGAUGAUCAUAACUUCCUUAUCCGUGCCGGGAACACAUCUGGAAUGCACGCCACGGAAGAAACCAGCGUAUCUAGAUGAUGGAAAUUUUCUGGGUGAAAUGGUGUACAAAAUGCAACAAGCUUAUGUUAUUUGGAGAGGAGCUGGUAUGUCCAUACAGGGAGUUCGUACUUGUGGCGAUUAUAUGUUCAGUGGCCAUACUGUGGCAUUAACCAUGUUAAACUUUUUCAUUACUGAAUAUACUCCACGCGACAUAUAUUUGUUACAUACGUUCAGCUGGCUCUUAAAUAUGUUCGGCAUAUUUUUUAUACUUUCGGGUCAUGAACAUUACUCCAUUGAUGUAUUCAUUGCUUUUUACAUUACGUCAAGAUUAUUUCUGUACUACCAUACACUGGCUAACAAUCAAGCAUUGAGCAACAAUGUUGAUUCUUGUCGAACGCGAAUUUGGUUUCCAUUGUUUAGUUUCUUUGAAUCUUCGUGUAGUUGCAUGGUACCAAAUGAAUAUGAAUCGUUGACAGAAAUUGCGGAAAAUCUAGCAUGUUCAACUUACAACAAUUAUUUAGUCAUUAAAUCAGCUAUCAAAACUCAAAUUUUACUAUUGCGGGCACUACCGUCCAAUCAAACAGUACAAAUUGGUCCAACUUCUUUAGUUGGCACACGUGCAAGGUCAAGAACACCAAUUGCUUUGAUUAAAAAAAAAGAUAAAUAAUCCAGAAUGCUAACGUGAACGCACAUAUUAUAUAUUUUUGCCUCGUUAUGAAUUUAAAAUGUUGAGUUUUUAGACCGAUGCACAGAGUAUAUACUUAUAUUUAUAAUAUUGAAUUAAAAAUAAUUAUUAAAUAUUAAAUUUUGUGAUAUAAAUGUAAUGU